AUGGCGGAUAUAGCUCUCAAUUCUAAUAAGCGGAAGCUCGAUGCAGCAGAAGAUGAAGAAUCCUCGUCCGACGAUGAUAUGGGACCUCAACUUCCAUCUGCGGAAGCUCCCAAGAAAAAGCGUCGCAAGCUUCCCUACGAAAAGCUCUAUAUUUCAGCUCUCCCAACUUCUGCGCGGUAUUCAAAAUCUCUUAUGCACAAAGAGCAAAUUGCAUUUGUCACCAUGACUCCAUUGACGGACUUCUUAAUCACAAGCUCUGUCGAUGGAGUUGUCAAAUUUUGGAAGAAAGGAGGCGAUGGCAUCGAGUUCGUCAAGGAGUUCAAAACCCAUGUUGGAGAGAUUAAGAGUGUUUCGAUCAGUGCAGAUGGGCGAAGUUUCGCGACAGCUGGAGUAGAUAAAACAAUCAAGAUAUUCGACGUGAUGACUUUUGAUCUCUUGUCAAUGCUGACUUUAGAAUUCACACCGAAAUGUGUUUGUUGGAUACAUCGACGUGGCGCGUCUCUUCCUUUACUAGCUGUCUCCGACGAAGUUAAUCAUACAAUCCGGAUAUACGAUGGUCGUGGGGAGAACCAGGAAUCAAUUCAUACAAUUACAGGCUUGCAUCGAAGCGUCGUCUCGCUGAUGGCUUUUAAUGAUGCUUAUGAUUGUGUGAUAUCGGCCGAUGAGAAUGGAAUGAUUGAAUACUGGCGUCCAGGAGGAAAUUAUGAAAAGCCAGAUAACGUUUUCGAGUACAAGACUUCCACGAACCUAUUCGAAUUUAAGAAAGCGAAAUCAACACCCACUUCCCUAACAAUCUCUCCAACCGGCUCUCAGUUUGCAACUUUCUCAUUCCCUGAUCGAAAAGUUCGCGUGUUUGAUUUUGCAACUGGGAAAUUAUACCGCACAUACGACGAAUCGCUGCAGGUUAUAGAGGAGAUGCAACAGGCGGGGACAUCAUUGAAGACAUUUGAAGAUUUAGAAUUCGGUCGCCGGCUUGCUACAGAACGCGAAAUCGAAACACCAACGUUACGAAAUAAGGCCAAUGUUAUAUUUGACGAAUCGGGACACUUUAUUAUCUAUGGGUCAAUAUUGGGCACAAAGAUUUUGAAUACUUAUACGAAUCGAGUCGUCAAGGUAUAUGGAGGAGAUGAGAACUUUAGACCCCUCAACAUUGCCAUGUACCAAGGCCAACCACAAAAGAAGGGUAUUACAACAGUUGCAAUGGCGGCAUCCAACAAUCCUCUCUUGCAGGAAUCCGAAGUUCGAGACCCAAUUUUAUUUGCGACCGGAGUUGGUAAAGUGCGGUUCUAUAUGUUCACAAACGAUGAAGAGAUUUCCAAAUCUGAGCGAGAUGUGCAAAAUGAGAAACCUACCAACACAAAUUCGAAGAAAUUGGCAGACGCGAAGACAGCCGAGACCGGAACGGCUGCUGUUGUUCACACCACGUAUGGAGAUAUUCACAUACGCCUCUUCCCAGACGCAGCUCCAAAAGCAGUGGAGAAUUUCGUGACGCACGCAAAACAAGGCUAUUACAACAACACUAUAUUCCACCGAGUCAUUCGAAAAUUCAUGAUUCAGUGUGGAGAUCCGUUGGGAGAUGGUACCGGUGGUGAAAGUAUAUGGGGAAAAGAGUUUGCCGAUGAAUUUAGUCCUCUCAGACAUGACAAACCUUAUACCGUUAGUAUGGCGAAUGCGGGACCAAAUACAAACGGUAGUCAAUUUUUCAUUACAACUGAGAAAACUCCAUGGUUAGAUAACAAACAUACAAUAUUUGGAAGGGCUAUUCAAGGUCUUGAUGUUGUUCAUAAGAUUGAGAAUACGAGAGUUUAUAAAGAGAAGCCGGAGGAAGAUAUCAAAAUUCUUAAUAUAGAUAUUAUGUAA